UCCUCCAUAUUGCCUAUGUACCAUGUGCCAGCCAAAUUUACACCCGAUAUUAAAAAAAUGCAUUUUCAAUACAUCACUUCUUGUAAAAAUUACAGUGUACCGCUGAUGGAAGCGGAAAAGUUAUGGCACCACAUGAGCUUUAAUAAGUUGCGGAAAGUUGUGAUUUUAGCAACUGGUUGGACAAAUACAGUAAAUAAUUCGUCAACGUUAGCGUUGCUUUCGAAAGCGUAUCUCUGCCGGAAGGAUGUGAAUUUUAUUAUUGUUGACGCUGCAUUCUAUGUAGAUACGCUGUACAAAUGGUCCGCACUGAAUACUGAAGAAAUCGGUGCUUACAUUGCAAAAGGUCUAACGCAUUUGGUAAAAGUAAUACCGUUGAAAAAUAUCCACCUAAUAGGACAUAGCCUGGGUGCACAUAUAAUGGGCACUGCUGGACGUACAUUCACCAAGUUGACGGGUCUACAAAUACCACGCAUUACCGGUCUGGAUCCGGCCAAACCAUGCUUUCGCAAAAACGAUACACUCAGCAGUUUACGAAAAGGUGAUGCCAAAUUUGUGGACGUUAUACAUACAAAUAUCGGCAUAUUGGCGAAAAAGGAGCCUCUUGGCGAUAUCGAUUUCUAUCCUGGUGGCGCGAAUGCGCUACCACCUGGCUGUAUGACAGCAGCUUGCGCACACUCACGAGCGGUAGAAUAUUUUGCCGAGAGUGUGUAUCCGGGAAAUACUGCGAAUUUUAUCGGUUUCAAGUGUAAAAAUUGGAAAGCGUUAGAGAAAGUUAAAUGUAAUCAUGAAAUAACCUCGCCCAUGGGCUAUGGAGUGAAUCAUCAACGAAAAGGCAUAUUUUAUGUGCCAGUGAACCGAAAGUCACCGUAUGGCAAAUCGGCUACACUGAACAGUACACGAUGGGAAAAUGCAAAGUGCAGUAAAUGUGAAAAAAGGCGAAGGUAG